UCACGAUAGUUAAUGGGGCAGGAGUGCAGACUUAGUGGUAUUAAGAGAGCAUCCAUGAUGGGCUAGCCGUGGGGGAGAACAAGGAUAAUUCCAGAUCUCUGGUUAGUCCAGCACAGAACGAACCCAAGCCUUGGGCAGCUAACGAAAGAGGCCAGGAAGGAGGAUGGGCUGGCUGAGGCCUGACAGGAGCGUGGCCUGUAAAAUAGAGGAAGAUGGGCAAGCCAAGAACUAGCGGGAGGGUGGCCUGGGAAGUAGUAGGAAAACUCUGAGAGGAGCCAAGAAGGGGAAAGCACUCUGAAAGAACUGAUCUCGCCUGGUUAGAGCCAAGCCUGGAGAGGACUUAGCGGAGAUGGGGGUGGGGUAUGGGGGCAGUGUCCCUGUCCUGGAGUUGUCUAGGCAGUAAGUUACUUCGAGCUUAAAGAGCAGAACCGCUGAGCAAGGACAGGUGGUCGCUUUAGGGGGCGCUCAGGGCAGAUAAGUGGGUCUGUGUCAGUCAGGACGGGGGGGGGGGGGGGGGGGGUAAGGAGUCAAACGACAAAAGAAGACUCCAGGCCAGCCACACAGAGCAAACAGAGAGCUGGAGUGCGAGGGGACUGGGAGGAUCUGGGUACAGAAUCUGUGUCACCCCGGGACGUAGCAGAAAUACGGGUUUCCGCUUCCCUCCAGGGCGGUGGGUGAGGCAGUGAGGCCCAGGCUCGACCAGAUAGCGCCGCUAUGUGGCCCCCGGACGCAGAGCCAGAGCCCGAUCCAGAGUCCGCGCAUGGCCCCCGAAGUGGCAGGACAGUGCCGGGACUCCGAGCCCUGUUGCCCGCGCGCGCCUUCCUCUGCUCUCUCAAAGGCCGCCUCCUGCUGGCCGAGUCGGGUCUUUCAUUCAUCACCUUCAUCUGCUACGUGGUGUCCUCCGCAUCUGCCUUCCUCACAGUGCCUCUGCUGGAGUUUCUGUUGGCCGUUUACUUCCUCUUUGCUGAUGCCAUGCAGCUGAAUGACAAAUGGCAGGGUUUGUGCUGGCCCAUGAUGGACUUCCUGCGCUGUGUCACCGCUGCCCUCAUCUACUUCGUCAUCUCCAUCACUGCUGUCGCCAAAUACUCAGAUGGGGCUUACAAAGCAGCUGGAGUUUUUGGCUUUUUUGCCACAAUUGUGUUCGCAAUUGACUUCUACCUGAUCUUUAAUGAAGUGGCCAAAUUCCUCAAGCAAGGAGACUCUGGGAAUGAGACCACAGCCCAUAGGACAGAAGAAGAGAACUCCAACUCGGACUCAGACUCUGACUAAAGGCCUGUCUGAGCUUAACAACUAGAGCCACUCGGCCCUCUCACCCACGCUGUCCUGACGGGGCUCCUGGAGCAUGGCAGGAAUGCCCAUGGGAGAACAGACCGAGGAGCCCGUCUCUCAAGAUUACACUCCCGAGGCCUCACAUUCAAAAUUGGCUGUGCUGGCUUGGCACUGCUGAGCUAGCGUGGUAGGGCACGUUGACAAGCCUUCCUUCUCCCCUUUCUGUCCUUGAGCCCCUUUAACCUCACUGCCCCCACCGAAGCACACAUCAAACGGAGCCAAUCACUACAGCCAAUCAUGUGGCAGCAUGGGGGUGGGGUGGGACUUUCUGUUACUAACAGGGACAGAUAAAACCACAGCAGGCUGGACCACCAGCCCCAAACCUGCACUGCAUUGAGAUGACUUUCAGGAACCUUUUAUUCAAGAAGUUUCCCUCCUCACUGUGAAAUAGGGAGAAACCUAGCUAGCCAAGUCUUCCAUUAGAGGUCUGAGGCCUUUUCAGAAACGGACCCAAAGAUUUGUUUACUAGGGCCCAGAGACAGGGAGCCAACCAGUAUAGUGGCAGUGACCAAGUCACAAGUGGCUGGGCAGGCCCAGCCAAGCACUCUCUUCCUGGGGACCCUAAAAGACAAAGUGCUUCCUCUGGACACCUGGGCAGGACCACUGGUGACAUGGACUUCUCUGUAGUCCCUUGGGGGCGGUUACUGUGUGUGUCUUUGAUGGUGUUUUCUAACUUUUUUAUAUUUUUUUAAUACAAAAACAAUGUAACAAAUGGUCUUUUCUGUAACCUAAGAGGCCCCAUGAAUAAGGGCCCAUGUCUUGGGCAUUUGUAACCUUUUUAUCUUGCAUGUGAAUUCCCUCCCUUUAAAAAAAAAAGUCACAAUGGAUUAAAACAAACUGACUACA